UUCUAGCUAACUUGUCGACCACACGCCUUCCGCUCCUGACUCAUGAACCUUGCCGACGGAUUAGGCCAAUGGUCGAUCAUCGAAAUUGUGACAAGCAAAUCCAAUACCAGGCUGUAUUGUAUAGGUAGCUUGCUACUCGCCCCAGAUCCGCCCGUAUAAACGCAAUCGAGACCCCGGAUGCACUCCCUCGGGUCUCUUCCUUACCCACCCAGACUAUCGUCACCAACUCGCGUCAGUCGCGACGAAUCUGUCAACAGGACGUGAUCAUGACGGGCGCGUCAGGAACAGAAGGAGGUGGAGGUGGAGGAGGUAAUGGUGGUAAUGGAGGCUUUAUGCUCAAGGCGUAUCACGGCGACAUCUGCGUUAUCAUCGCGUUCGCUCUGACGAGUCUAUCAACAGUCGUCGUAGCUUUGAGGUUCUAUGCUCGCUAUUAUCUCGUGGGCAAACUUAGUUCAUCGGACUGGAUGAUGCUCUUAGGCGUUAUCUCAACAUGGGGUUCUGCUGUUGUAAACUACUACCAGAUUCUCUACACGGACUAUACAGAUGCCAUUGGGAAUAUGCAAAGAUGGAAGGAGAUCGUAGUAGGAUCGCUCCUGUCGUUCUGGAUCUACCGAAUUUUCUACAUCGUCGACUUGUUCUUCAUCAAGAUGUCUAUCCUCCUCUUCUACAACUACGUCGCCUCCGCUCACAAGUCCUUCCACUACAUCGUUCGCACCUUGAUGGUCGUAGUCUGCACCUCAAGUUUCGGCAUGCUGCUCGCCGCCAUCCUUUCAUGCAACCCGCCUUCUGAUGCCUGGUCUUUCGAGGUAUUCAUCCAGCCUUUUUACGGAACGUACGCCACCCAGUGUUACAAUCCUACCAUCCUGUGGUACUUCAGUGCGGGAUUCAACCUCGUAACGGAUACAGUAAUUUGGUUCAUCCCGAUUCCCUUCGUCCUGAAUCUAUCUAGUAUGCCUCUUCGACGGAGGUUCGGUCUCGCUGGCGUUUUCUCGAUCGGUACCAUGGCCAUUGCCGCCUCUGGAGUCCGACUUUGGAUCUUGAUACAAUGGUCGUCAGGUUGGGAAAAGCAAGGAAUGAACACGGCGAAUCUUCUCAUCUGGGGUCAGGUUGAGCAGCACGCUGGUAUUUUAUCCGCCUCGAUACCGUUUCUUCGACCGAUUUCCAGAAAGAUCAAGGCCAUGUUUACCAACUGCAAGCGCGAACAACCCUCUCCCAGCCCGGCUGCCAAACUCAUCGCUCCGCUCUUUGCACACGAUCCCAAUCCGUUGCCACCUAGAACUCCCAUCAUACCAAGUCCCUCGCCAACUUUCGGAUCGUCUGGAAGCGAGCCAUCUCGUGCUCAGGAGGCUCCAAGACCAGUCCAACCCAUGAGAUCUGUGCUCGAUAGCGGCAACGCAUAUUGAGGACCUAGCAAUGCCGCGAUCUCCGAAUGCCACCAGAACCAGCGAAGUUUCAAGCUCCGAAAACAUGAAUCGUAGGAGAAAGGCACUUCUCCCCGGUGGUGCACGGAAUACAAUGCGAAACAACAACGGCCAUGCAAUUGAAGCACAUGCCCCGGAUUCAGGAGCUGCGCCUGCAGAAGAGGAAGCCUCGUGGAGAUCUGACACCCAGGGGAUCACCAGAAAGUGAGAAGAUCGACAGGUCUCCCCACU